UUUCGAAAACGAGUCCCUAAAGUCUGUUUUCAUUUCAAUGGCAGGCUCAAGGAGUGGAAAGUGAGUCCAUUCCUUGGUAAAAAAAAUGAAGUAAUGCUGCUUCCUUCUUAGACUUAGAGAAGGGCCCCUAUUUUUUAUUUUAGUCUAAGUAGCCUAUAGUGGUUGUUUCCACUUAAAUAAAGGGCGGGUAGGCUAGGGAGGGAAUGUUUACUUUUCUUAUUUGCGGGGAAAAGAGUUGAUGCCGCUAGCAGCUCAGCUUAGGCCGUACCUACAUGGGCUCCAGAUCCUCCCUGUCUUCCUGCAGAUUCUGAUUCCAGCUUGCCUUGAAUCCCAAACAUAACGACUACUUGAUUCGCGCCGGGCGAUUCCAGUUCCAGAGUGAUUUAGCCCGCGCCUGGGACAAGUGGUUUAGUGGACUCUUGAGAAGUAGCUUUUCGGAUCUCUGGGUACGUGUUCCACCUUUGUUUGGGCGUUGCAGAAAGAUAACCUGCUGCCAGAAGAAAUAAUGCAGAAUUGAGUGAAUAAUGCCUUUAAACCGGUACCGGUAAAGUACUCUCGCGCUUAUCUAUUUAUAGGCCCAACCUAUGAAACAAGGUUCUCUACCUGUGUAGAUACGGCAAACAAACUCUACCAAUACCAAUCCACCGGAAGAAGCCUGAACAAUCACCCAGCAAGAGCUUUAUAGGAUGUUUCCUUUCUUAGUCUUAGUCGAGGUUCUUACAACGUGGCUUGAUGCAGUGUAGAUGUUUUGGUAGUCCAGUUCAGAGAUAUGACAGGAAAAACUCCACACUAGAGACAAGAACAUAGAAGAGAAUAAAGGCAAGGGUGUGCUUCUUCUUUCUGGAGAGACUGACAAUAAGAGUAGAUUAGAUCGUGUGCUUCUCGGUGCGCCGACUACUUCACUGUUACCUACCUAUCAUUCACUAGACCGAGUAUGAGUACGGACUGACAUUCACUAGACCAAGUCAGAGUAGGGGGUUCCAUUCUUCACUACACCCAAUCUGUACCGACUCCCAUUAAUUACAGGUUACGAGUGUGGAAAGACUUCUUACUUUAUUCCAUUCACUACUGGUUAAGUAAGCAUGAACGUAGAUAAGAGAGGAGUCAAUGGAACUCUUGGCUUGUGAACAAGUGACUUCUUUCUUUUCAUAGACUACACUACAGACUAUCAAGCACUAGAAAACAACAGGCCCAGUUACGUACGAGUCAGGCAAUUGUCUACCCUCACGAAGCAAUGAGAAAAGGUAGGUGCUGAUGUGCUAGUAUAGAACAUAAGUAAGAAAGCAUCUAUUUCCCUAUAAUCACCGACGUUGGUAUUUGCCUACACCCCAUUCUAUGAAAAACUCCGCAACUCCAAAUAUUCGAUAUAAUAGGAAGGCCAUUCACUUUAAGAGGAAAUGGAGCUGCAUAGCGUUGCCUUCAGACUGGUAUUAGCAAAUGCUUUGUUGAUCUGAACCGAACAAAGACACAUCUUUGGUGCAGUUUUCCUAAAGGCGGCUCACAGGGAAGAGAUCCGUUUUGUCAAUCAGCAAAACCAGUUUUCGUAGUGAUGAAAGAAAUUUCCCUCGAUCAUGUGUUCUCGGCCCUGUGACUGGUAAGUCAGUUCAGGCAAGAGAUGAUGGCGGGUCGAUCACGAUUUAGUCUUAUUGAUAAUUGAGUAUACGUCCGCCUAAGGUAAGGUCUGGUUAGAAAUCCUUAGGAACAAGAAAGGGCACACAAUCAAAGCCAGAGGUCUUCGAACCUUGGUAUUUCGAAUCAGAUUGAUAGCUUUUUGAAUGGCAGCGGUUCCGGGACUCUAGUCUUUCGUUUACAGGUUCUACAUUAGGUUCACGAAACCUAUCUACACAGCAAGCUUCUUCAACAGGUCAUUGGACAUCACCCUCACUUCUUCUAGCAGGAAAGCGCGUUAAGAGGUAAGAUCGUACCUCAAGUCAAAGGGCCUCGUUAUAGUUGGAGGCAACACACGCUGAACAAACCUCAACUUGCCUAUUUUGUGUAACUGGUUGAAACUACGAAUUUCCAGUUCAUCUUACGAUGGUAUACGGUGACGGGCCAACCUUCUAUACUAGUGCAUUCAUAGGAGGACGAAGCAGGAAUUAGGAAGCCCUACACUUCAACCGGAGCGAACUUCACACUCGAACUUAGAUAUAGCAAAUAGAUCAAAUAGGCUCAGAGAGAUACGGGGCAUAAUCAAAGAAAAAGAACCGUUGGAGUGGCAAUACAGCUAGAUAGAUAGAUAGAAAGUCUGAUUCUAAACUCAGUCUGAUCUGUCACACCCAGCCAUAAACAACCAUUCCAGAUUCCCAAGAUGAAGUGGAAAGAAAGAGGAUGCAUUCAGGAUCUCAUACUUCGAGAGCUCAACAGCUGUUAGGAACGUCGAGUCCCGCUAAGAACUGCUAACGUCGAGGGCUUUGAUUCUUUUAUUUCCUACCCAACAUAGGCAACACUAGACUGAUCAGACUCAAAAGACUACGCCUUGUCUUUUUGUCCUAAACUCAGCCGACUCUCCAUAUUCAACUGUUUAUGCCCCCCAUAGUAAAAACCACUCACACCAGUUUUGCCUAGUAGAGUGUACGAUCAAAGUGAACUUUUUAUGCCAGCCAUAGUCAAAAGUCCUACUUUCCUUCGCACAUCCGUUUGAUUGCUUAAUCUGUUUUGUUACCCUUGCUAUCCUUGCCUCCUAUGGAUAAAAGGAAGAAGAAACCUAGUUGAAGUAAGGAAAACAGGUUCAUAAGGUUUUCGAGUCGAAUCUUUGAUAUGGAAAAGUCGUAUCACCGCUCCGCAACCUGAACCACGGCACUUCCAAUCCUCUUUAUAUCACGAUUCAUUAUGCAAAUAAAGCUUUUCCUUGCCACUUGGAUUCUGGCACUUUGAAAGAAAUACGAACACUUCCACUACUGCUCUGGAAAGAAGAAAUCCGUCUUGUUGCGAGGAAUUCUUUGCAAUGGGGAAGGCUAACACUUCUUGCUUACUCACUCACGUUAUUCACUCAGAAAAAGUAAAGUAGUAGCACCACAAAUAAACUCAUCUAUCCCAGGUAGCCCCUAAACCUGAUAUGAUACGAUGGGGAACUGGGAAAUUACAGAGAGUGGUGGGUCCCGCCGCGCAACGGAUGAAUCAAAGCGAGAUCAGAUUCCUCUUGAUGAGGGCCGAUGUGACUUCCUUAAAUUCUUUCCUGAGCUCAACAAAAAAUGGAGGGGUUGGGGCUUUGGCUCCAGGCCCAAACUCUAUCUUGUGGUAGACUGCCCUCCUAGGGAGCGCUUGGGCAACUAACUUGUGGGGCAUGACAUUCGGAAUUUCCCGAGAAAAAAAGUCUUAUGUGUAUUGGAUCCGUCUGCUGGUUUCAGGGAUGGGAGUCCACCACUCUUGUCCAGUAAUGGUAGGGAUUCGCAGAAGAACCUCUGGAUCGAAGCAAUGCGGGCCUGUCUGUCUGUAUGUAAUCUACUUCUGAAUGAGGGAAUCCACUUUUGCUACUAGGGAAUCAGACUAAUAGCCUGCGCCUGUUGGCAGUAGUACUUGAACUAUACUUGACUCGGCAAAUAAUAUUGCUAUAUCGAGGGACUCAAUCCAGAGGACAUUUCCAAUAAGCUACUCUGGACUGGCAGCUUUCAGAGAUUGAUCUACGUAUUCCUAUUCGACUUGUGGUUCCCGAAUCAAUAGCGGACUUCCGUCAAUCCAUCAAGCAAACAACGUUCACUGAUACGAGACGGCACCAUUUACUAGAUUUGCACCACGCCCUAUUCAUGAUCUCUUCCCUGGUCAGUAGUAGGGUUGCCGGUGCCCAGGAAUAAUGCUUGUUAUUAUUAAGCCGAAAAGUAACGUAUUAAAAACAAAGUGAACAAAGUGUACCGUGCCAACGGAGACUGACCGAACUUCUACGCUAUGCCCCGACCCUGCUGAUAGAUAAACUAUUCAUCUGGUUGAGCCAGGCUGGCCCUAUUUAUUCCAAUGGAGACUAGACUAGCGUUAGCUGAAAGAUAGGAUUUCAAAGAUAGGUGUUCCCCAUGAUAGCAGUACCUUUCUCCCUUUCGUGGUGGAAUGGACCGCGAGUAAACUGAGCCUUCCGUACACAGUGAGACGGCCUUUUCGAGACAAGUCAGAAAGCUCUUAAGUCCAGUAAGCUAAGCAAAGCUUUCCGUUGGACUAGCAAUAUCGGAUGAAGGAAGCAGCGGUGAACGGAGUCAAGCUAUUGGCUGGUUCUAGCCCACACGAGAUGUAGGUCCUGAUUCCCUGAACCGGAAGAUAAUGAGCAUCGCGGUAAGAGAGAGUCUACUCGACUUGAGAAUCGUUGAUAGACAAAUCAUGCCCGGCAAAGGAAUAGGACUAGUGGAAGUACCCGAUCUCAUAGUGGACUCGCAAUCACCUCCUAAUGGUAUUAUCACCAGGGCUGCACUGCAAGAGAAUUCAUUCCAUUGAGCUGAUGGGAGGAACUCCUGUUGGUUGUUUCGAAGUCAAGGAUGCGGCCAGGGUUGUUAGAAAAUAAAUAGGCAAAGAAGUAGAGCCGUCUUUUGCAUGGAAUAGGCGAAAACCCUUGUUCCUUCUUCUAGCUCGGGAAGCAGUUUAUUAGCGAGGAAAGACAAGCCUUCUGCUUCUGUUGAUGCUGAGGAUGUAGCCUAGCCGUUGUUGCAGGAUUGGCAGGGAUAGAGGAAACUGGGAAUAGCGAUUCUUCCUCCAGAUAGGAUUUCAUGAUUGAAAGCUGUAGCUCAUGAUUGAUUUGAAAUACGCAUCCCUCCCGUAUUGGUGGAAGUAGAUCUUAUAUCCCACCAAAGCAUCGGCUAGUUGCAAGAGAUAUUGUUCGUAAUGCGCCGCUUGAAUGUUCUUCUCCCAUAUGUUGAUCAAGUCUUGAACAGAGAAAUAAUCCAUAAUCUUUUUGUUCUUCAACCAGAGCCUUCUGAGUCUAUCUUCCCCUUCCUUCCUAUUAAUAGAAGACAGAAUGCUAGGCAUGACCAGUCCUAUAUUCACUAAAUCAUCCCAAUGAUCCCUAAGAAUACUGAAAAACU